AUGCGAGAACAAGCGGACGAGGGCGACACGGAGAUGCUGAACAGCCUGGAGUCAGCGCCGCUGGCUCGGGCCAGCUGCCGUCGAUGUCGCCUUGAGGGGCCAAAGGAUGAUGACACCCUUCCCUUCAGUGACGAUCCUUCACACCCAGAAGGUUUCUUGGAGGCACUGGGCUUAGACGAGAACGGUCCCAAGAGCCACACCAUGGGCUACCUUCACGUGACGCUGGCGUGGAUGCGGCAAUGGAGCUGGGAGACGCGUGCACGGAUUGUGAUGGAGAAGACGCAUUUCUGGCCGCGACUCGUUGAGCCGCUCGAGUGGCUCCAGCCACCCGUGGCCGCUGGGCCACCUGCCAAGGCCUGGCAGCACUGCUGGUUGGAUUUCCUGGUUGCGCAUCAAGACUGGCGGGGCCUCGCAGCCUGGGUUCGAUCGCUCCCCUUUUCGGUCGGUGACUAUGUGGACGAGCACGGCAAGAGCUGCGUGGACCUGGAUUUGGAGAAGCUUGAGCAGCGCGGUCUCCGUUUCUGCACUUCUUAUGCCCGAGAGGUCCUGCUGCAGCAGCUUGGCCGACGGGGCAUUUUUUGCAGUGGCGAUACCCAGGACUUUCACGCGCUUUUGUGCCGCCUAACUCUUUGUGGCAAGCUCUUCGGCGACGGAGUGACUUUGGAUCCAUCCAGGGGCAGUGAAGUCACGCUGGCAUCAAAGCUGCCUAACUGUGAGAGCGACGAGGGGGCCCUGUCACUGGAUCGCUUGCUGCCCGUGGGAACGGUGAGUCCUUUUCACUGCUUUUUCAUCAACUACUGCAUCGACAAUGACGCUCGGUGA